AUGUCGUCCCUGGAUCAAGAGCUCUGUGAGCACCUUCAGCACACAGUGAGCGAUGAGAUCUGCAUGCAGGUGACAGAGCUUUACCUUUCGGAGAAUAGCAACAGAGCUGCCGGAGGCCUGCUGUCGUCACAGUCAUCUCAGGCUCUUGUGAAGGCCACGUACCAGCGCAAAGCCGAGCAGCCCAUGUCAGAGAACUGUUUCAAGCUGAUGUUCAUUCAGAGCAGAGGCCAGGUCCAAUUAACUAUCGAGCUGCUGGACACCAAAGAGGAGAACUCGGAUGACCCCAUAGAGGCAGAGCAUUGGUCAGACUACGUAGAGCGGUACGUCAGCUCUGAUUCUACCUCUCCCGAACUUCGGGAACACCUGGCCCAGAAGCCGGUUUUCCUGCCAAGAAACCUGAGGCGGAUCCGUAAGUGUCAGCGUGGUCGGGAGCAGCAGGAGAAGGAAGGGAAGGAGGGAAACAGUAAGAAGUCCAUGGAGAAUGUGGAGAGCUUGGACAAGCUGGAGUGUAAAUUCAAACUGAACUCCUAUAAGAUGCCGUGUGCCAGAGAUUGCCGACCCCUGGUGUACAUGAUCAAAUCAGAAGAUUACAUGUACAGGAGGACUGCUCUGCUGCGUGCUCAGCAGGUAGGAGUUGAGUGAAAGGAAUGGGAUGAGCAGCUGGUGUUUCCCUGAACCUCUUGCUCCCAAAGGGCAUCUGGGGAGAGUCAGAUAAAGUGUCCGGGGGGUGGGAGGGAAGGUGUUGUUCUCCUGUAACAUUUAGUAGUCUUCAUAUUGCUUUGAGGACUGGACAUGACAUAGUUUAGUCCAUUGGAUGCUGUAAACUUCCUCUGAAUGUUCCUGAGAUGUAACCCUUCCUUUCCUCCCCCUCCAUUUCCCAAACUCUCCUGUUAGAGUAGACAGCUGUUAGCAUCCUUUUACUCGUAGGUUUCUUGCCUAGGGGCACCUCACAUUGGUUGCUAAUCCCCCGUGUUAGGGUGGGCCUAAAAAGGGGGAUAGCAAAGAACUGAAAUGCUGAAAAACUGACCCGUGUUCUGACAUAGCCCUCCAAGCUCAUCUCAUCAAGGAGCUGUGCCUCGACCCUGCAGUCACUGAGAGUGGGGGUCUAGGGUUGCCCCCGGGCAGCGGAGCACUGCAAACGAAUAUACCAGCUGCUUGAAAGUGCUGGGUGUGGGACUAGGA